AAGCGGAAGUGGGACGCGGCCGGGCACGCGGGGCGGCUCGACGGCUAUGAACGGGACGCUGCUGUACGCGCCGCCCGUGGCCGUGGACCUAUGGGGCCGCCGCAGGACGCGCGGCGCCCGCGCCUUCUUCCUCACGCACCUGCACGCGGACCACACAGCCGGUCUGACCCGCAAUUGGCGGCGCCCGCUGCACUGCUCCCCCCUCACGGGUCGUCUGCUGCGCCUUCGCCUGCAGGUGGAUGCGUGCUGGAUCCGGCCGCUGGAGGUGGGGCAAAGCCAUGCCGUGGCGCUGGAUGAGCGGGGCCAGCGCACCAUGACGGUGACGCCCAUCGAUGCCCACCACUGCCCUGGCUCUGUCAUGUUCCUCUUUGAGGGGGACUUCGGGGUCGUGCUCUACACAGGUGACUUUCGCUACACUCCGGCCAUGCUGAAGGAACCAGUCCUAAUGAACCAAAAACAAAUUGAUGUUCUUUACUUGGACAACACAAACUGUGACCCGGCGCUGGUCCUACCUUCCAGGGAGCAGGCCACCGAGCAGAUAAAAGAGCUGAUCAAGGCCCACCCUAAGUACCAAGUCAAGAUUGGUAUCUACACUUUGGGGAAGGAAUCGCUCCUAACUGAGUUGUCCCUGAAGUUUAACACAUGGAUCGUGGUGAGCCCCGAGAGGCUGACUGUGUUGGAGCUGUUGGAUAAACACCAUCCGUUCACCACUUGGGAAGAUUCUGGCUGGAUCCAUGUGGUGGAGCCCUCAGAAAUCCACUGGAAGACCGUGUGCUACUGGAACCAGCAGCGCCCCACAAUUGCCAUUCUCCCCACUGGGCGCCCGCUGAAGAAGACCCAUCCCAAUAUGCACAUUAUUCCCUAUUCUGACCACUCAUCCUUCUCUGAGCUGUGUGAAUUUGUCCAGUGGCUGAAACCCUGCUCGAUCAUCCCGAUAGUCAAGAGCCAUGCGUGUCAAGCUUACUUGGAGAAGUACCUGAACCCUAACCGCAAGGUUUUUCCUGUCCCUAGCAUCCCAGAGCUUUGGCAGGAUGUCACACCACUGACAAAUAACAGGAGAGAGGAAAGAUUUAGGCAGCUGCUGAAAAUGACUGUACCUACACAGCAACCUGGGCCGCGAGGGGUCAUCUUCGAGUCCCUAAAGGAAUGCCCUGACACAUCCAAGAGCUCAGGAGCUGUGCAGAGUCACAAGUUGAAGACCUCUGGGGAUAUGGAAGUUUACCAGCAAAAUUCUGAGCCAAUUGGGAGGCCUGCUGCAGGUUGUCUGGGAGAUUGCAUUUGCUGCCCUUGGUGCUGCAUGGAAAGAAAGGAAAUGGAAGAGGCUUGCAGCAGUGACGGUGCCCAGGGACAGCUUCUCUCAGCACAGUCUCCUACAUCAGCACCUGCCAAAGAACAGCUGGUAAGACCAUUAGGCACCCGUGUCAAAGAAGGGAAAUCGGGCUUAGUAGAGUCGCAUGGGAGUCCUUUAUCCAAGAACACUGAGACUGAGGGGACUUUGUUGAACAAGGAGCCUGACACUCCUUUGUGCCAUGAUACCCCAUGCCCACCUAGGCGGGUAUACUAUGCCCCUUUACAGUUUGUACCUGCUCAGAAGGCAGAUACUCCCUCUUACGAGCAGAGUUCACCCUCCUCAAAGGGAGAGGAAUUUCUUCCCCUAGAGGCAGGUGGUGACAGUAGCAGCCUGCCCAGCUUGUCAUCUGUGUCCAGCAAACAAGUUACACGUAGCCUUGCAGAAGAGUAUUCGCUCGUGCCAUUAAAUACGCUCAAGCAAUAUUCCGCACAGAGCUUUUACCAGCUGGUGGAAAAAUACUUCAGGAGGGGAGAAGGGCCCUAAGAAAUGGCCUGCCCGUUAGCGCCAGCUGUUUAGCUAUGUCAUGUGGCAUACAGAGUCCUGUCAUCAUGUCUGCCUUUUGCAGUCUGUUGACAGGGUGGCUUUUGAAUGUUUCAUUUCCUUUAGAAGGGUAAGGGGGCAUUGAGCAGCAGUCUCUACAUACCUCAUUUAUGAACAUGUUUAUCUUGUUGUUAUUGGCCUCAGUGUUUGGGGGUAGAUUCUAAGUAACAGGCUGUGACCCUGUGCAUCGUUCAGGGCUCCAGACUGGCACUCAGACUAGCACAUUUGAUCACAGGAACAUGUUCUGUACUCAUUGCACCUUCCAUGCAAACCUGAUGUCAUUUCAGGGCAGAGGGGGUUGGAAUAGUCCCUGCCCAUUUUCAUAUGAGCAGUAGGGGACAUGAGCUGCGCAGGACAGAUCUUGGUAUCAGGGUUUCUGUGGGAUGAGGUAAAGAAUCUCCUGAGUAAAAGCAAAAUGAGAUGGGGGUAUAAGUCCCAGAUCAUUAUCUUGCUGCUGGUUGAAAUUCCAGCUGCUAGCCAACGUCCCUCCAAGAUGGCUUGGGGGGAGUUUCUGUGUUAGCCUGUCGUAGAGGGUUAAGAAGUUACUUUAAAGAAAUAAUGAAAAUGAAGAGCUUUUAGGCCUCUGUGUGAUCAUGGAGGGGAAACACUAGUGUAGCAAGCCUGUGGCAAGCUGCUUCCGCUGGCCACCGAGUGGUACUUCUGCCCUCCUGCUGACAGCGUGGUGAUGCCAGCUGUAAAUCCUUCCUUCUGGGACAGCAGGAAUUCUGUGAAUUGCAAAGGGCAAGGCUUCCCGUGCCCUGUUCUCUGGAAUCUGUGCUUAUUUCUAGGCUGUUAUUUCUCAUUUCUUGGCUG